AUGUCUCGAUCGACGAACAGUCUGAGCAUCGCACAGCAGCUUCGAAAGACCACUCAGUUGGGCUUGGAUGAUUCCUCCAAGAAGCAGCCUGGCAACAACUACACGUCCAAAGUCAAGAUCGGGCAAAAAUACAACAUCAUCGGCUUCAUCAGCAGUGGCACCUACGGCCGGGUAUACAAGGCCGUCGAGAAAAACCCUCGUAGUGAUCCCUCAAGUCCUGUGGGCUCCAGCGCACCCAAGGAGCUAUAUGCCAUCAAGAAGCAAGUCCCCGCCCUUUUCAACUUCUUCAACACGAAGCGAGCAUAUUGCUAA